AUGUCUAAUAUAACACCACCAUCAAUAGAAGACGAUAUAAAGUCAGGUAAUAUAAGUAAUGAUAGUAGUUGUGAAGACGCAACAAAAUCCCAUGCACCUGAUCUCGGUGAAAAAGUAAAUGAUCAAACAAUCCAGCUACCAUUUAAUCGACUAAUUCUCGUGUUUAUGGGACUAUCAUUAGCCAUAUUCUUAUCGGCACUUGAUCAAAUGAUUGUUACUACUGCAUUGCCAAAAAUUGCAUCAGACUUUCAUGCGUUAUCUGAGAUUUCGUGGGUGGGAACAGCAUAUCUCUUGACAUCAACAGCAUUCCAACCACUCUAUGGAAAAUUUUCGGAUAUUUUCGGUCGUAAAUCCACUUUUCUCUUUGCGAUUUUUACAUUUGUUGUCGGAUCAGCAUUAUGUGGUGCUUCGCUAAAUAUGCCAAUGUUAAUUGUCAGUCGAGCGAUUGCCGGUAUAGGCGGAGGUGGAAUUAUGUCAUCAGUAUUGAUUAUUGUUUCUGAUAUUCUCCCGUUAAGAGAACGUGGGAAAUAUCAGGGAAUUAUCGGCGGGACUGUUGCCAUUUCGUCAGUUAUUGGACCUUUAAUCGGAGGUGUAUUCACUGAUCAUCUUUCUUGGAGGUGGGCAUUCUAUAUUAAUUUACCAACCGCUACAUUAACAAUCAUAAUUGUUAUUACGUUGUUACACUUGCCACAUGUUUAUGGAUCAUUUAAAGAGAAAUUAAAGCGUAUAGAUUAUAUCGGAACGACAUUACUUGUCGCAUCAAUUGUCGCUAUUUUAUUACCACUCAAUUGGGGUGGAAACACUUAUCCAUGGGAUUCAGCAACCGUAAUUUCAUUAUUUUGUGUUGGUGCAGUUCUCACUUGUGCAUUUAUUUUCGUCGAAUUCCGAAUCGCUGUUGAGCCAGUUAUUCCACAACGAUUAUUCAAGAUCAGAAAUCCAGUCCUAGUUUAUAUUACAAGUUUCUUUAUCGGAAUGGCAUUUUACGGCUUUAUUUAUUAUUUGCCACUAUAUUUUCAAGCUGUUCGAGGAUACUCGGCAACCAAGGCUGGUCUACAAUUAAUCCCAUUAAUACUUGGUCUCGUGAUUUUCUCGAUUGUAUCCGGAUUUGCAACAACAGCAACAGGUCUUUACCGUCCUUGGAUUGUAUUUGGAUACGGACUAACAACAAUCGCCGCCGGAUUAUUAAGUACACUAAAUGCGAGUUCGAAUCGUGGAGAAGAAAUCGGGUAUAGUUUAAUGGCUGGCGCUGGACUCGGAUGCUCACUGCAAACUAUAUUACUAUCAGCACAAGCUUCCGUAGAAUAUAAAGAUAUCGCCGUAGUAACUUCACUCUCAAGUUUUUUCCGAACGAUUGGCGGUGUUUUCGGUGUCGCUAUUUGCGGCUCAAUUUUCAAUAACAAACUCUCGUCAUAUCUGCUUGAUAUUUUGCCUACAAACAUUCCGCUCGAAAAAGUGAAAAAUUCCGUGGAAUAUAUUCAAACUUUAUCUCCUGAUGUCCAAGAACCUAUUAUUGAUGCUUAUGUGCAUGCGUUACAUUACGUUUUUCUUUUUGCGAUACCGAUGGCUGGUGUUGCUACUAUUCAUAGUUUCUUUAUUAAGCAUAUUCCGUUACGAAAAACAUUGGGUCCUGCUAUAACUGAAUAA